AUGUCGGGUCUCGAAGAAGAUCUAAUGGAGGAAAAUGAUCCGUUGGCCGCUCAGUAUCUCAAAUUGGAAGUGGAAUAUAUUUAUAGUCUUCAAUCUGCAGUUCCCGGCCUGCUUCUGAUUACCACCGAUUCUCUGAUGUUCACUCCGAAUGGCGGGGAACAUGUUGAUGAUGAUCAAUUGCAUCUAUUGCUACCCCUAUCACAACUCCGGUCUAUUGCGGCCUAUGCGGACCAUUCAGUCAUGUACUUUACCAAGCGUGAUCCCCAAUAUAAAUCCAAACUACGCCGUCAUCAGACCGAUCUGGAUAUUGGUCGACCCACCGCACCCAACCCCAUAAAAAUGAAAACAGAGAAAUCUGAGCCAGCUUUGUUAUUGGGCGAGAAGGCGGAAGACCCGCACUCAAUGAUUUCUUCCAUGGCUAACACUGAAAACCCACCAGCUGGGCAAACAGCCACACCAACUAAUACACCGACUGUUCCGACAACCAGAGUGGACGACAGUUUGACGGUCUCGACGCACUCAGUCACCUUCAGUGAUCAUCUGUUGCCCAGCCCGGUACUCUCUCAGAAGAGCAAAUCAACCGAAUUUACUCUAUCCAAUGACUGCUUGACACGACCUGGCAAACCCGCCUACUCUCUACGGGAUUCAGAACAACCAGGUAUUUGCAUCCUAACCAUUCUAAUUUUACAAACAUUCAUUUGCAUCGAUAUAGAUUCCGUUGUGUAUUUAUGCGUUUUGGCCCAUACCAACGGAGCUGUCCGCAAACGCCAUCCCUAUUGGUUCACAAUCCAAUCCAUGGAGUAUUGGUUCCGUAUCCCUGAACAAAUAUCUGAAAUUCUGUUCGACUUCUUACUUAUUUGUGAUUUUUGUCAAGACUGUGUGACGGAACCCAUUAUUCAGUCUCCUCUGUCCAAAAAUGAGGUAGUUGGGGAUGAGACGAGUACAACCGCUGAACCGAGUAUGCGGGGAAGCAAGACCACGCCGGAGAAUUUAUGUCGUGGUGCAACCUGUACCACUUCGAGCACAGUGAACAAACCAGUGGGGUUUGUGAUUGUGCCAAAUACGUUUGACUGGGUCCUUCCACGGAUUGGCAGUAUCGAUGAGUGCUCUAAACUGAUGCUCAGACGUAGUCAACGACGAAAGCGGCGCACAAACAGUUGCCGCGAACCGGUUCAGCUUCAAACGGAUAACAAAGCGGAGGCACAUUCAAUGGCUGGUCUGAACUCAAACUCGUUUCACGAAUCUGAACAGAUUGAUUCAGGCGAGACGCGCGGAAUUCAAGCGGCAGUCAGUGUACCGUCGCUGGAAGAAGAAAAAGCAGCAUUGCAAAUAUUGAAACAGGAAUCUGUUCGAUGGGAGCUCGUGAAUGCCUCGGAACUGGAAAGCGAACAACGAAAUGCGAAACGACGUGAGUUCAUCGAGCAUUGUCUCCAAUCGGUCACCCCGGAAAGUCUUCCCCUACCUCGUUCGACCGAACAGAGUGCGAUUUUGGAUCCGGGUAAAGUUCGAGAUCUCAUGCGUAAUUUGCCCCCGGAAGCUGAGGGUUUGGACUGGCACUUAACCUACAGCAGUGCGCUGCACGGGUUCAGUUUGCGCACCCUUUAUCAUCGAUGUGCCACCCUUUACGCGGACGAAACAACCGAGCAUGUGAGUCUUGCGUCCACUUCCCCAAGCUUGGCCAUCAGUCCUUCCGGCACGACACCGUUCUCAUCCAACCAACCGUGUCUCCUGGUGAUCCGGACUGCACAGAGUGAGACCUUCGGGGCCAUGUUGAACACACAUCCUUAUGCCAGUAGUGGACGUUUCUACGGGAACGGUUCCUGCUAUGUGUUUCGAUGGAGUCCUGACACGUGCAAAUCCCGACGAAGAACAAAGCGUCGUCAGUCUUCCUGUCCCCAACCACUGACUGGAACCGAAUCCCCAACGGAUCCUUCGCUGCGAGCGGACCCGAGUGAAUGUAACUCGUCCCCCAGCAAAAUGCGUCCCAUUAGUCCAACCUGUUUAAGCGAACCACGAGACAGUCUACAAUCGACCAGUUCACUGUCAGAUGCCUACUCAAGUGCGUUUAUUGAGCAAGGUGAGGAGGUGACUGAGGAUUUCGCUCGACUAUUCUAUUUGGACGAAUCCGAGAUGAAUGAGAUCGGUGAAGAGCAAGAUGCUCAAAAAAUGCGUUUUCAGAAAUACACGUGGAGUGGAAAGAAUGCGUUUUUCAUCAGUGGGGAAAACGAAUCUCUUUCAAUCGGUUGUUCUCAGGGACAUGCUGCUAUCCACUUGGACGAUGUGCUACUUCACGGUCGAACGGAUCCAUGCGACACGUUUGACAAUGAGCCACUUUGUGCAACCGGAGAUUUUCUUGUAUCCAAUUUGGAAAUUUGGUCUUUCCAAUGA